AUGCCGAGCAACUACGCGGUAGCGAGCCAAUGUCAACUUCGGCGAGAUGAGAUGCAUGAGCUUCUCGCCCUCUCCGCCGCGGCCGGAAACGGCACCGAGACAGCGGAGGAGGACAAACUACCGCUCUGGCGCAUGCUGCUCACCGAAGCUCAUGUGCGGUCGCUGCUGGCGCACACCCUGGUGCGUGUCUCGGUGCCGAAGAACAAGCAGCAGCAGUUGAUUCAUGGGAACAAAUACGUGCAGGCCAACGCUCAGGCGAAUAGCUCCACGGAAGGGCAGCAGCAUCAUUACCGUGUGGGAAAAGUGGUGGCGCUCGUCCCGCGGCCCCGAGCCUCGCCGGGUGGUCUGCAGACAGCAACUGACGCCUCUCCGGCAGCCUCGCUUCUCUCAGAGUGGCUCCUGGGCAUCAACUUUGGCGAAACAACUGAUUUGCUGGGAGCCAAGUAUGUCUCAAAUGAGCCCUUCUCAGCCGAGGAGCACGCCGUCUUUGUGCGCUCCUGCCUGUCAACACGCGCAGACACCACAACAGCGGCAUCUGCCCUUAUGUCUGCCGCAGAGGCGGACGUCGUUGUCCGCAACCUGUAUGACAUUCGCGAGUACGUCAGAGCUGUGGUUGCUGCGCGUGGCGGAAAGGCAGCGGCUGUGGUUUCUGGUGCAGCGGGUCGCAAGCACCCACGAGACAGCGCCGCUGCAGCACUAGGAGGCACGGGCAACGAAGGCAACUGUAAUGAUAAUGAAGACGACUGUGAUGGGGAGGGGGGCUUGCUUACCCGCGAGGAGCUGCUAGUGGAACGUGCGCGGCACCGCGAGGAGCGUUGCCGGUGGGAGUCUCUUCGCGACGAACAGCAGCGGCAUUUGAGUGGCCUGCGGCAGCUGCUAAACAGCAAGAACGGGGAGAUUCAGCGGGUGCUGCACACCCAGCGGCAGGCGGAGGCGGAGCACAGGACGGAGAUAGAGCAGUGGCGGGCAAAGACGGAGCAGCAGGGGCAGACGAUCCGGCGAACCGAGCGGAUGCUCGCCGAGGAGCGGGAGGUGCAAAGGGAGAACCGCGAGAAGACCGAAAAAUUAGUCGCGCAACUCAAGAAGCUUGUGGAGCAGACCCGGAGGUUUAAGGAGGUGUCUGACACGGUGGCAGAGUGGCUGCGGCUGGGCACAAAACAGCCAGAGGAUGUGCUGGCCUCCUUGAAGAUAAAACUGGCGGAGUCGCAGAUGUGA